AUGUCUGCAGACGGCAGCAUUGAGCAGCUCGAGCAGCAGAGACAAAAACUCGAAGAAACCGCCCAGAGAACCCGCGCACUCUUGGACGAAUGGCGACAAUGGAAGCAAGACUACGAGGGCCUGAAGCGGGAACUGGACUCGGUGCCCUCUGAUGCUCCGCCAAGCGAGAUUCAGAAGGUGCGCGCAGCCUACAAAGGCAGACUGGUCAAGGAACAAGAACUCGCAAACAUUUUCGGCGAGAAAAACACCCAGAGACGCGACCAGAUCACCAGUACGCUGGUCAACCGAGCCGACUAUGUUGGACGAAACAUCUCCACGUUGGAGAAGCAACUUAUCGCGAUCGAGACGGAGUUGUCGCUCACAGUCGAGCAUGACAAUGAUUCAUCUACGUCGGAAGACGAAUACAUACCAGACGACGAAUAUCCAGAGGACGACAGUGGACUACCAGUCACGGAAAUCCUGGAGGAGCUCGACGAAGACGACAAUGUUAUCUCAUAUAGUCUGCGCACACCCGGAAACAACCAACCGCAAUUAAUGGAAGCUUUGGAGAAGGCUGGGCUGAAAGAGAUCCCCUCAGCCCCCGCAACUGUUUCGAAGAAGGGCAAGGAAGUCGAGCGGCCUGCCGAAAAGGCCCAAGCACCAGUGCGCCUGCCCUCUUCGAAACCCUCGUCCGCGUCUGUCCCGCCAAAGGAAAAGAUGACUGCAGUCAACGAAGAACCAGCCAAACCUCAGACAGAAAAGAAGAGCGUCAGAUUCACGGAGGAAACCAAGGCAGCAGAGGUGCUGGCUGAUACACAGCCCGAAUACAUGACUCUGACGGCGGCUUCUAUCGAUGAGCUGAUGCGGGAGGCAAACAAGCAGGAGGCCAUGAUUUCAGAUCCUCGCAUUCCUAAUGAUGAGGAUGAAGACGAUGCACAACUUCGAAGGGACAUGCUCCAGUAUAAUCUGUCUGAACUGAACCCAGUCAUUGCCGAGCUCACGUUGGAAGAUGGAGCCGUGACCGAUGACGACGAAGACGGCUGGGAUCUUGACGAAGAUGAAGACUAUGAUACAGAGGAUGAAGACCAGUGGGGCAGGUCAAAAGCCAGUUACAUCAAUGACGAGUACCGUCAGAAAAUGCUGGAGAUCGAGCAGCGACUACGAAACCAUACCUUUGAAUCUUCGACCAAAGAUGAUGCCAGCAAUUCCAACGACACCGACAAUAUGAUGGAGGGUAUCGCCAAAAUUCGCGUCAAGAAUGAAGAUGCUGUACCGGGCUCUGUUCCGAACAGCAGCGCCAGCAGCCUGAAACCCGAGGUAGCAUCCGAUGCCAAGAAGAACGUCCGCUUUGCAUCGACUUUGGAUGUUGCAGAGGAGUCUGCUCCUGCACCAGCAGUAAAACCAGCUGCUGUACCCCCAGUCAAACCUCAAACACCAGAAGUUGAUCCACUGUCGGACAUUGUGGAACGCAAGAGCCCAGCGGCUCUGCCAGCUUCUGCGCCCGCGCCCGUGGCUAAGAAGGCAUCCAGGUUCAAGAUGGCUCGCGGCGACGGCGCAGCUAACGGAGGUCCCACAUUCAAGGCGCCAGUGGCAUCGGAUGGCUCAGUCAUCAGUCCUGAAGUACCAGUCUCGGAACAGCAAUUUGCACCUUCUGGCCCUGAAGGACAGACCAUGGCAACGGCUGUUUUAGAGCGUGCCCCAACCGACACGGCGAGAGAACCGGACGAGUUCGACGCUGACAUGCUCAAACAACAAGCAGCAGUCGAGUACCACAAGGUUCGUAAUCGGAUGAUUCAAAAGCAGGGUGGCUUCAUGAAGGAAGAUGAGUCACCCAUCCAGCCAUUGGAUGAAGAGGAGGGCGGUCCCAAGCGCAUGAGUCGCUUCAAAGCAGCAAGACUCGCCAAAUCCUAG